AUGUUUGUGAACUUCCGUCGAAUCCACAAGUGCCAGUGUUUGCAACUGCUGACCACAGGUCUUCUGCUUUGUAUGGUGAUGGUUUACUGGGAAGAGCUGGACCAUCAUGCAGUCAGCCACGUGAGAUCCUUCACCUACCGGUACUUGAUCAACAGCUAUGAUUUUCUCAAUUCUUCUUUUGCUAUCAACUCCAAUCAUCAUUACAGAAAGGGUGGUUCUAACAGGGUGUUGGGUGGAUUUGUGAACUAUUCAUACCUCAUCAACCACCCAGAGAAAUGCAAAGGUGAAAAUGGGAAGAGUUUAAAUGAUGUUUUUCUGCUGUUAUUUGUAAAAUCGUCACCAGAGAACUUUGAGCGGCGCCAAGCCAUCAGGGACACAUGGGGAAACGAGAGCUUUGUUUGGGCAGAACUGGGGGUGAAUAUGAGGUUGGUGUUCGCCAUCGGCAUUCAUCCAUAUGUCGAACAGAGAUAUAAGGUCCAGACUGCACUGCUGAAGGAGGACAAGGUCUAUGGAGAUCUGAUCCAGCAGAACUUUGUAGACACAUUUUAUAACCUGACUACCAAACUGAUCCUGCAGUUCCACUGGAGGCACAUAUAUUGCCCUCAGGCACACUUCGUCAUGUCUGCGGAUGAUGACAUCUUUGUCCAUAUGCCUAAUUUGGUAAAGUAUUUACAGGAUAUUCUCAGGAGUCAAUCAGGAGCUAAAGACCUAUGGGUGGGGCAUGUUCACAGGGGAUCUCCUCCAGUUCGCUAUAAAUACAGUAAAUACCACAUUCCCUAUGAUCUGUAUCCCUGGCCAUCCUACCCAGACUACACUGCUGGAGCAGGGUAUGUGGUUUCAGGGGAUGUAGCUGCUAAAAUUUACCAGGCGACUCUGCUGCUAAACUCCUCCAUGUACAUUGACGAUGUCUUUAUGGGAAUCUGUGCCAAGGCCAUGGGUGUCUUUCCCCAGGAGCAUGUUUACUUUUCAGGGGAGGGCAAGGCUCCUUACCACCCGUGCAUUUAUGACCACAUGAUCACAUCACACGAUCAUAUCUCUGACGUGCGCUUACUGUGGCGGUCAGCAACAGAAUCUAGAGAGAACAGCAGCACCAGAGGAAUAAUAGGUAACCUUUAUUGCACAGCAGUGAGAGUGAUGCUGCUAUGUCUGCCACAUUAUCAGAACACUUACUCCUGUAGUGCUGCUUUUACAUGA